GUUGGAUGUGCGUUGUAAAUAGUAUUCUGUUUCUUUAGUUCUGUUCAGGUCGUGACUAAGACCAUCUCUAACACGGGAUGAUGAGUGCAAGGACGAGUCGCGCACGACUGAUGAAUCAACCAGAGACGCUGUUCCAUUCGUGCAUCCGAUUUGUGGCGAAAAACCUAAGAUUGUAUCGUGAAAUCGAAUACUUAGAGCUGUUGCCGGCGCUGGUAAAGAAUGCUAUCUUUCUCAAUGUCGUACGCGUGCACAACGGAUUCCAUGACGAGGAGCUGCCACGAUUGCUACUCAACUCGUCGCUCACGAGGAUAAACCUGUCCACGUCGACGAUCACCGACGGAAUUUUGGCGUUGUUGGCCGAAAAGUGUCCUCACCUACGUAGCCUUACUCUGACCGAGGGGAACUAUCGGUUCAGCCGUGCGGGACUAGAAGGAAUGAUUGUGCGGCUGGGCAAAUUGCAGCGGCUCUAUGCCAAGCACUGCCCGCUGAUCGACGACGCAUUCGUGCUGUUGUUGUCCAGUAGCUGCCCGCAACUGGACACGCUCGACCUGGAGUCGUGCAAGAACGUGGGUGAUGAUGCUGCGGACUGCCUUCGCGUGAUGCCGCUGGUUCGGCUGAACGUUUCGCACACUGGCAUCACCGACAAAUUCCUGAAGGCGAUUGCCAACGAACAAUGCGGGAAAUCUCUCGAGGAUCUGAACGUGGGCCACUGCGCGAUUACGCGGGAUGGACUUGCGGCUCUGCCCUGGGAUACGAUCAAGUAUAUAGGCUUCGAGGGAUGCAACAUUGAAGAUCUCGAUAUUGUUGGGUUCGGAAAGCACCUGAAAUACAUCUACUGGACCAUUUCCAACUGAUCCCACACCCUCAACGACCACCUAGCACAGUGAGAAUGCCGACAAGAUGAAUGUUUUGCUUGUCGGCUUUCCCUUUCUGCCAUACGAUAGCGCAGAAACUGUAUUCAUGAAUGUUUAAUCUUUAUCUUGACCAUACUAGUUCGACAAAGACGCACGUCUA